AUGAACGGCUACGGCUCGCCCUACCUGUACAUGGGGGGUCCGGUGGCCCAGCCGGCCCGGGCGCCCCUACAGCGGACGCCCAAGUGCGCGCGCUGCCGGAACCACGGGGUGCUGUCGUGGCUGAAGGGCCACAAGCGCUACUGCCGUUUCAAGGACUGCACCUGCGAGAAGUGCAUCCUCAUCAUCGAGCGGCAGCGCGUCAUGGCCGCCCAGGUGGCCCUCCGGCGCCAGCAAGCCAACGAGAGCAUGGAGAGCCUCCUGCCCGACACUCUCCGCGCCCUGCCCACCGCCCCCGCGCCCCCGGCCGCCGCCGCCACGCCGCCCGCCCACCACGGCCCGCCCGACGCCCCGGGACCAGCAGCCUCGUUCCGGCCCCCUGUGGAGCUGGCCGCAGCUGCCCUGCGCUGGGCUUCCGCCGAGCAGCCCCCGGCCGUUCUGCCCGCCUCGCAGCUGCAGAAAGCAGAUAUGACCGAUGAACGGUUGGGUGAUACCAGUGGAGCAGACAGCACUGAGAAUUACAGUGACAAAGAUGCAGACCAAAGGAGUUCCCCAGAUGUGGCAAAGGCCAAGGGCAGUUUGACUCCUGAGAGCCCUGAGAUUGUUUCUGUGGAUGAAGGUGGUUAUGCCAUCCAGAAAAACAGUGGUAGCAGUGACAGCAGGCCUGAGAGCCCCAAGUAUCAGCCAGAACAAAAUCACCUCCUGAUUGAAGGUCCCUCAGGGACCGUUUCUCUACCUUUCGGCUUGAAAGCCAACCGCCCCCCUCUCGAAGUAUUAAAAAAAAUCUUCCCAAACCAAAAACCAACUGUGCUUGAAUUAAUCUUGAAAGGCUGUGGGGGUGACCUGGUGAGUGCAGUUGAGGUCCUUCUGUCUAGCCGGUCUUCUGUUGCUGUCGGAGACAGAACUGCAGCUGAAUCAGAAGGGCUAGUUUUGCCUUCAAACGGCCACCUUUUUGAACACACUCUGAGUUCUUACCCUAUUUCUUCCUCAAAAUGGUCUGUAGGGUCUGCCUUUAGAGUCCCAGAUACCUUGAGGUUUUCUGCUGAUACUAGUAAUGUUGUCACAAAUCCACUGGCUGUUCCCUUACAACAUCCAUUUCCUCAACCACCCCGGUAUCCACUGAUGCUGAGGAAUACUUUGGCAAGAAACCAGUCCAGUCCAUUUCUGCCUAAUGAUGUGACAUUGUGGAACACUAUGACACUGCAGCAGCAAUAUCAGCUGAGGUCUCAGUAUGUCAGCCCUUUUUCAAGUAGUUCUACCAGUGUCUUCCGAAGUUCUCCUGUCCUUCCUCCACGCCCAGCAGAAGAUCCCAGGAUCUCAAUCCCUGAUGAUGGAUGUCCAAUUGUGUCAAAACAACCAAUUUAUACAGAAGACGACUAUGAUGAAAGAUCUGACUCCUCAGACUCUAGAAUACUAAACACAUCUUCCUAGAAUGAUUAUCUGACAUAUUUUGCGAUGCAGUGGAACUGCUGGGCAUCAAGAGGAAGGAAUCAUGCCCUUGUAGCUAUAUAAAAAGUGACUCUGCUUGUUACUAUCCUUUAGCAAUAAAGACUUAACUUAUUUUAUUUCUUGCACUUCACUGGGAAAUGCCAAAUAGCUACUAUUUCAUGGCUUUCGUGAUGAAUGUUUAUUACGGAAACAAGAAAAAAAGAGAUUCAUUUUAAGCAUAGUUGUAAGGAACAUAGAACUUUGGAAGAAUUAAAAUGGAGCAAAAGCCUUGCCUUUUUAGACAACUGGGAAUGUUAAAAGGUAUUGUACUUGAAUGCAGUGUUCAAAGAGAGGACUCCUCAGGAUAUAUGAAAUGUUUAAAAAGCAAAUAUUUCUGUGGCAAAUGGACUAAACAGGGACUUUGUUGACUUUAUGACAAUGAUCAUCCUGGUGUUAAAACCAAGAGCUCCAGAAGGGACUGAAUAGAGUGAACUGCUCAUGUGCUGUUUAAGCUUGGACACUUUUUUGAGACACCUUAAAAGCUAUUCUUUUCACACAGCUAGAUGGAAACAUGUAUAAUGUCAGUGUAAAGUCAAUUACAAGCUGUGAGUUGCAUGAGACUGUCUUGUGAAACAUGAACAGAUGAUUGAACAUUGUCAGGUUAAUGUAGCAUGCUAAAGACUCUAGGGGAAAAAUAAACUCAG